AAAAUUAUUGUUGAAACUGACACAUGUGAUGUCCAUAUGAUCCUGUGUUUUACCUAGUUUUCAGUCUAUUGGUGACCAUUCUGCCAUCCUUGCGAUGGCCUCAGACUUGGAAGAGGGUGCAGUGUUGUCAGAUGUUCAUAUCGACGUCCAUCUCUCCAAUCAGAGGUCCCUCGGUCUGGCGGAAAAUGCAACUGUUAAUUUCAACACACAAAACUACUGUAACAGUUCAGAAGGAUUUUUGAGUACCUAUUGACUCAAUGAUAAGCAUAUAACACCAAGCUGACCAAGCAGCAUACCUGAUCUUAUUUGAACUUUCUAGCACAGAGUCAAACAAGUAUUGAAUACAAAGGAAAACAAUUUACAAAUUUUCUGAUAUUAAAAUUAGAUAUCUGCACUCUCCUAUGCUAAAACAAUAACGCUAUGGAAGAGUUAUCCAAAGAAAGAGAAGAUACAGAAGUGCUGUGGUCCCUGUUGUCAAAGGAAGCAGAAAGACUAAACCAGAUGAAACUUUGUGAAAAGUUUGAAGUGCAAUAUUAUGAAAGACAAGCAAAUUUGUCAGAAGCAACUCUUAUUCAGGACAUAGAUGACAGCAAUGUUGGGUUGAGUUAUCCAGAUAUGUUAGACAUCAAAGAUGACUUACAAGAAAAGGAAGACAAGACAACUUUAUACCAGGCACUGUCAGAGGAAGCAGAGAGGUUGAGACAGUUGAAGAUCAGUGAAAAGUGUGAAACACAGCAUUAUGAAAGACAAGCAGCCAAAACUGCUAGCAGUGUUAUUGAAAGUAACCAGAAUGACUUUGACAGAGAUCCUCACAACAAACAAAAGGAAGAAGAAAGAAUAGGACAUAAUGCAGUACUACAAGUUGAAGUUGAGAUGGGACAGGAAGGCAAAGAAGAGGAGGAGCAGAUGAAUUGUUACCAAGAAGAUGGGAAGGAAGGAACUGAAAAAGAUGAUGAUGACCAAAAUGGCAACAAUACAAAUGAACCACCUGUUAGUGUUACAGAAGUGACUGCUGAAUUGCAUUCUGGGAUAGUUGAUUCUUCAGUAGAAAUAAAGGAUGGUACUUUGGAAGAGCAAGAUGAAAAGGAAGAAAAAAGUUUCCAGUCAGUUGGUAUCCAGACAGAGAACAGCAACAACACCUCUGAGGACGAACAUUCUAAGAAAGUUGUGGAACAUCUUAGAAAGGAUGUCAAAGAAAAUGAAACACAGACAGACCCACCAACCAUGGCUUCAACUGACAGAGACUUGACAAAAGUAGCAGCAAGUUUGGGUUUGGAUUCAGAGCUGCUUAAGACGAUGAGGGAGGAAAGGAGCAAGAGGCUGGUGAUGGAGCAGAUGGUGAAGAUCGUUGAAUCUGAGGCUAACGAACAAAGGUACCAGCUUCUGGCUGAGAAGAACAGAGCAGACAAGCUAGAGAUGGACUUGAUUGAUACAAAGGCUGAGUUGUCACACACCACCAGUCUUGCCGUGGAGUACAAAACCAGAGUUUUCGAUUUGGAGGACAGCCUGCAAGGAGCCAGGAAAAUGAUCACAAAUCUGGAAGGGAAACUAACUGGCACUGAGUAUUUCAAAGGAGGAGUGGACUACAUGUUGGAAAAUAAGCUGGCACAGACCAGGACCACAGAGGCAGAGAAGAAAUUGCAUGGUGUUCAGGAAGAACUCCUUCAAGCAAGGAACGAGAUCAACCGACUCCUAGAAAAACUGUCUGAAGUCAACAGAGAAAAGUCCGAGAUGGUGUCCAGUACUGUUCACCUGGAGUUACUGAGGAUAGCAGACGAAAGGGCAGCACAAGCCGAGAAAAAAGCCUUGGAGCUUGAAAAACAGCUACAUGACACAAAGAAAACUCCACAACAAACAGUACCCAGCAGUCCAAUUCAGUCUCCUGUAAAAUUGCCAGAGAUAGUGCCAAGGCCCUCCAGGGCACAUACCGUCAGCGGCCUGAUGAGUAUCCCAGAACUGCCGGAUUUCUCGGCCACAAAACCAGACGUCACCAGAGUGUUGCCCUCUCUGCCACAGACAACAGGGAGACAAGUCACUCCUCUACUAGCCAAUGAAAACAGUGACUCAGAGGGGUGGUCAUCAGACGAGGAAACUCCGAAGCCAGUCAGAGCCUGGGACAGUCCAAAAUCCACAUCCAAGGGGCCACUGCACACAAGGAUCGGGGUGAAACUUCCUGUUCCAGCAUUUCUCCAGAACAGACAAGGUUCAAGGAUACCGGGGAGCCCUGAUAAAGCAAUUGGAAAAGAAAGGUCUAAAAAACCCCCUGUCCCAGCAAAGCCAAUGGUUGCGCCCAAGCCCACCAAGAUGACAUCACCAUCCCCCCAGCAACAGAAAGCGGUUGCCCCCUCUCCAAAGACCAAACAAGAGCAACAAGUGGAACCCCCCUCAUCAUUUGAAAAGGCAGCAGAGAAGCCCCAGACCCAGCUGCACAGACGAGUCCAGGGGCCCAGCGGCCGCAGGCUGCCCCAGAGACACAGCAAACAAGCUGCCGCGGGGAAGUCAUAGCAAUGGGCAGCUCAUUCCAAUCACUUUAAAGUUUUUGAUAUGGUAAAAAAAAUGUAGAAUUAUGAAAAGUGGAUACAUUGCCAAAUUUCUGUGCAAUUGAUGACUUCUUUACUUUGUCUUUCAACUUUUUAAAUACAUGUAGACUAGUUUAUGGUCAACAUGUAUAUCAGAGUCCCUGUUCUUAAGUUUGUUGUAAGCAAUGCAUUCCAGUGAUUCGAUGUUUCCAUUUUGUUGUAAUGACCUGCAUGCAAUGUAUAUUUUGCACAAUAUCAGGGAAAAUGUGUAAUAUUCUGUAUUAUGGUUGACUGGGAGCAACUCAAAUAUGUUGUAUCAGUGUCCAAGAUGAGAUUCACUACUUUGAGAAAAUUGUUCAUACUUUGUACUAGACUUGUGAACCAAUUAUCUGAUAAAAAGGGUGAAGUACAGUUUGUAUGCUUCUGCAUAUUAUGCCAUAUGUAACAAGUACAGUGAUACAUUUACUAAUCUCCAUCAGACUGAGUGUAGGGUCAAAGACUAUAGUAAGAUAUGUGUGUACAUGUAUGUUGAAGUAACAGCAAUGAAUCCAAACAAGUAAGUAGUAUUUUCAGUAUAUUUUUACAACCACUGUGACUGUGACAGCCGUAAGUGGACUAAACUUUCAGGUAUGGGAAUCCAUACAUACAUGUACAUGUAUAUUCUAAUUUCAUGUUGCAACUGACACACCGUAUUGAUAAGAAACAAAAACGGUUAGAUGUACAUUUCUAAGUUACAAUGUAUGUGAUAUCCUAUUGCAGCAAAUAUUACUGAAAUCAGCAUUUUAAAUUCCAGUACCCUAACAACCUGAUGAAACUAUUCAUGCACUGGAUCAGAGUUCUCUGGUAGACAACGAAGUACUUCUUAUCUACCUACAUUUUGGCAGCCUGCCUGCUAAUUUCCUCAGAAGAAACUACAAUCAAUACAGCAAAAUGUAGGCAGGUAAAUGUAAGGUACAACUUGGUUGUGUAAAAGAAAACUGCAAUAUCCUUAAAAACAAUUCUAUGUUAGAAAGGACAUGUUGCUGUCACACAGAUUGUCUUGAGUUUCUUCAAAAAUUGCACAACAUCCUGUAUAUGUGGCAAAAUCAAGAACUCAGGUUUAAAAUUAUUAAAGAAAGUCAUGAGAUAUUGUAUGUUGAUUUGUUUUUCACUUUUUUUAAGAAUAGAUUAAGUUCACCAUAGUAAUGCUGUUAAAGUGACAAAAUUGGAUAGCUAUGUUUACAGUAUAGCAUCUCAUAUCUGUUACAACAACCUCCAGGUAUCAUAUGGCUUUGAAAGCUUACGAAUACACCAACCUUUAGUUGCCUAAGGGUAAUUACAUAUACAAUAUACAUACAGUAGUGUAUUGUAUAUAGGCCUAUGCAAAUGAACAAUGACUAAAGAAACACACUCCUCAAGUGAUUGUUACUUUUGUUUGAGCCAAUUUUUCAUCACUUCAAGUUGUACUUUUCCUGCAAAGUGCCCUGCAGCUGAUGAGUAUGAGAUAAGAAAUAAAUUACUAUUUGAAAGAA